AUGGCGCGACACGUGAGCUCUAAGACAGAUGAUGCAGUUUCACUCGGUUCAUCAUCAUUAGAUGAACCCAAAACAGAUCUUCGGCUAGUUCUUCUGGGUGGAGAUUGUGCUGAUAAUAAUUAUGUAGCUGAAAUUAUACUCGGGUCUGAUAAAAAGAAAGAAACGAGAAAUCCUAAAAAAGGCACCGUGAGAGAGGCGAGUGUUGAUGGAAGACAGCUGUCUGUAUUCGUGUCUCCUUCAUACUGGAUGAAACACUUGGACUCGUUUUGGUUUUUUUCAAAUGGAGUGGAGUCCAUCAGAGGUGAGCUUCAGAACUGUACCUCAGUGAUGUUUCCUGGCCCUCACGCCUUCCUGCUAGUGAUGCGUGCGGGACAGACUACCGGGAAAGAACAUCUUCUUUUAAAAGCCAUAACCAACGUGUUUGGAGCCGAGGCGUUGGAGUACACCAUGGUUUUGUUCGUUUAUGGAAACGAAUGGGAAAAUCCAAAAGAUGCCCCGAAGAACUGCUGUGUGAAGAUGUGUGGAACGAAAUACUUCAUGCUGGAGAACGACGAGGAAAACGUCGAGGAGCUGUUCAGAAGAGUCGAGGCAAUGAAAAAAAGCAGAUUUUUUAUUCAGCGCUCUUAUGAAAAUCUCAUGAAAGUUUAUUUCGAACCGUGGGAAAAGGCUCAGGCAUAUAAAGAAAUGCGAUUAAAAAGAGAACUGGAAGAACUGAAGCUAGAGCAAUGUCAGAGGGAUGAUGAGUUAAAGACAUUUAGACAAACUGAGAGAGAUUUGAGGGAAAUCUCCAGAUUGAGCAUCCAGACAUCAGGAGAGUGUGUUACGGGAGGAGCUGGAGAAAGUGAGAUGUAGUGAGAAACAGCUGAGGGAGGAGCUGGAAGCAUCCAUACAUCAGGAGAGUGUGUUACGGGAGGAGCUGGAGAAAGUGAGAUGUAGUGAGAAACAGCUGAGGGAGGAGCUGGAAGCAUCCAUACAUCAGGAGAGUGUGUUACGGGAGAAGCUGAAGACAACAAGAUGUAGUGAGGAACCAUUAAGGCAGGAGCCAGAUAUGAUCAAAGGCAGUGAAGCAGGACAGUGGACACCUUUACGGCGCAGUAGCAGCAGCAGAAGAAGAAGAAGCAAAGAAGGUUUAAACCCAAACUUGACAAUGGAUGACCUUUAAAUGUUGUGGAAGAAAUCUGAUGAUCUCCUGAGAAGAGACGAAGAAAAGAAUAGAAUAGAAGAGUAGAGGAG